CUUGUGCUCUGACAAAAGCAUCUUCUCCUCGCUUUUCUCAGUAUUUUAGCAUCUAAAUAGCUGCAGUUUAGUUUAAAAAAGUGUUUUAGUAUCAGCUCACGUAAUUGUGAGUUAAGUCAAGCAGUUUUUGAGCUUAGAAGGAAGUCUUCUACAUGCAUCCAAGCGACAGUUCACCCUUCCUCUGUUUCUUUGUGGAAAAAAUUGGCGCCCAGAGUGGACGAAAACCCGGACGUCAACCCUUUUACAAGAAGAAGUCGAUUAUUAGUUCGCAUAGCAAGCCCAUUUUACAUCGACAGAGACUUCAUUAAGCUUAUACGAAGCGAAGGUUGGUAAACAGGUACGAGAAUAAACAAAAUUUCUCUCCUUGAAAGAAAAAGUUAAUCAGUCCUAAGGUUGAGUUGGUGAAAACAAUAUGAAGCUCUUGGAAAACGCCCGUUUGGACACUCUAAGUGCAGCCAUUUCCACGGACAAGGGAGACAGCCAAAUUGAUGGCAGGUAAGGUAUCUAGAUAAUGAAUACGUCUACAGUUUGUUGUUUAUCUCUGUUUUGAAAUGUAUUUAAAUUUUUUGUAUCUAAUUCCGUUCGGUAAUUCUUCGCUUGAACCAUAUUUGUAUUUCCAAGCUUACCCUACACAUUUGAGAUUGUCAUAAGUUUACUCAGUGUCGAUAAGCCAUUAGCCAUGAACAGCGAAAUUAUCUGAUCCAGAAAAAUAAACUUCGAAGGUCGUAAUGAAUUUGCGAGGCUCAGCAUAUUCCAUAUCAGCUGACAGUCAUUCACUAACUCUAGUGUCGGGGAUCACUUUAUGGUUUAAUAUUUGUCCACUCUCGCUGUAUUUUUAGUGUUAUUUCAACCUUAACUAUCUGAGGCUGUAGAUACUGGUACACGAAAAUUUCCUUCAAGACUUCAGCUGACAUAGCUCUUAGAGAAAGAAAGUUUUGGAGCGCCUGAGUUUUCUUGCGGAAUUGCAAUUUUUAAGUUCUUUUUAGAAACAAAUUUUUUUAUUGGCUCGAGACUAAUAAAAUUUUGGCUGGGAACUUGAAUUGACUUUUGAUUUGCAUGUGAUGAUUUUCAUUUGAUUGAGGAGAAUAAAUUUAAUGCUGCAUUUUGUGAGGCUUUCCACCUAAAUUUAUUUAAUAUGCUGAUCAAGAACUAUCCCAAAAAUCUGCCAAACUCUGAAUCAAAAAUAAUCUCUGCGCUACACAAUUGUGGCUCUUACUACCUGUCAAUUGCCAGUUCUGUUGGUUUUUAGUAUACCUAUGUCGAUUUGUCACUUCCAACACAAAUACAGAUUUUUCAUGUUAGAGACUAAUGGCCUAGAAUCAUCAGUAUACUUAUUUUCAAUACUUUUCUCUGUAAAUUUUGUAAGGCACUGAUAGGAGAAUUUGUUUAUUAGUCAAGAGGUUUAGUUGGUGAUCAUUUCCUUUAGUAUGACGUUAGACCCUUCAGUUUGAUUUAGAGGUAAUUUUAUGUGGAGAAAAUUAGAUGAUAGUCACUCUGAGGCGUCAGAGGGUUAAGCAACUGUACCUAAAUCAGCAACUGACAGGCAUGCUGCUUGUCAGUAUAGAGAAAUCUUUUUCAGUUUGUCAACAACACUCUUAGACAUCAUUGUAUCUGUAUCACUAACUAAACUACAGUAACUCCAGGAUCACUUGUACUUUUGACAACCAGAUUUUGUAACUCCAUCCCAAGGGUCACCACCUUAUCGCGGUGGGAUGGUUUGUGUGUCUCAGUAACCCCUAGAGCUAUGUCGGCUGGAGUCUUGAACUCCUGGUAGGGUCACCCAUGCCGAACAGGUCGAAGGGUAGAGACCAGACAAAGUGUGAUCCCCUGGUGCUCCAGGCUGGGGGUUGGGUUCGGACUGUUAACCCACCCCCAUUAAAAUUAGACAAUCCAUCCUCUAUUUAAAUGGUCUAGGUGGCAGGACCCCACAGUAACAGGUUGACACCUUUAGACAUAACCAGGAAGGAAUCCACAAAUCUGACAAUGGUUGAUGACGUAAGGGAACUGUCAGAGUUCCAGUAAGACUGUUUGUCAAAUUGAAUGGGAGGCAAUGCUAAAGGCCUGUGUCCUUUAUUGUGUGAAGCCAUAUACUAUAGGAUAUGAUAUUUAUGAAUGUAUUUUAUUCCUAGAAUUGAAAGUUACUCUUGUAAGAUGGCUGGUAGUGACAAAAACUAUAUAAGAGUCUGAAUGAAGGAUGUGCCCCUCAUGAACUUCAGGCCUUGUCACCACCACAAACUACACACUCAGCAAGCAUAUCACCUACCAACAGCAAUUACCCUGCAGUCCUUACUAGUACACGGCAGAGAAGGCUGAGCACAGGAAGUCAAGAGGAAGCUGUGCUGUGUGACACAAUCAGUCGCAAGAUGUUGUUCUAUUUGAUUUCCACCCUGAAUGCAUCAUUUAACCCAGAUUAUGAUUUCAGUAAUGUGAAGUCUCAUGAGUUCUCGCGUGAACCAAACCUUCAAUUGGUGGUAGAUGCAAUCAAUGGGAAUCUGUCUGCCAUUAAUGGUGAGACAUAUGUUGCUCUCAGGGCAGGAUUGUGGAGUGCAAUUGAUGAAGAGAUUAAUCUGGUGGAGUGUGACAUAUUCAGGUAAUUGCAUGGAUUAUAGUAAAGUUCAUAUUUAUAUUAUGAUUUUACCACUUGAUGCCAAAAUAUUUAGUUAGAUGUUAAGGGUUCAUGACUACUGAACUUGAAUGUAUUUUUAUGGUAGGUACAAAAUGUAGGUGGUGAAAGUGUGCUGGAUUUAAAAUUUAGAGGUUCAUGCAGUUUCUAACUUUUCACACUUUCUCUCACAGCCAUUUGUUUCACAGCAGUCUUAAGUUCAGUCACCACACUGUUUUUUUUAUAAUUGGCCAGUUGAUUUGCCACUUACUAGCUAACUAAUAAACAAACUUUUGUUCAACAUAUUACCUAUCCAAUUUGUUUAGGCAUUCCCAAUUACCAAAGAGGUGCCAAAUACAUUAUUACUGAAGUCAAGUUAUUUGAGUGGUUUGUAAUUUUGGAAAUGUUUUUUUUUUUAUUUAUGUCUAGCUACAAUCCUGAUCUUGACUCAGACCCUUAUGGCGAGGAAGGAAGCCUCUGGUCUUUCAACUAUUUCUUCUACAACAAGAAAAUGAAGAGAAUAUUGUUCUUUACAUGUAGAGCAACAAGGUAGGAAGCACAUUUUGUAGAGGAAAAUCUUUAGUGAAGUUCUACAGUACUGUUUAGAGGCUGAGGAACAUAAUCUACUGAAACCCCAUAUUUGUCUUGUUAUUAUGAAGUCCCCUGUUUUAAUUCAGGAAAAUGUGGGGACAGAAUAGUUUCUAUCACAGAUAUGAAGUAGAACUUUAUCCAAACAGUCUGAAGCAACCUCAUAUCUUGAGAUAAUCUCUUUACCUUCCAAGACUGUGCCUAAACUUUGCUUGAAAUUCUUCUGAGACCAGCAAUCCUCUAAAGAGAAAGGAAAAACAAUGCUUUUGCUAGAGUAUUGGGGUAAACAAACUGAGCUACUGGAAACUUGAAAAUACACAUCCUCCUAAUUGUUUCUCUAUUGUAAGAAUUGUUAUUCUUCUCAUCACUCAUAAAGAACUGAUCAAAGUUGGAAUUUACAACAGGUCCAUUGCUCAAUACCAGUCUGAUGAAGAUGAACAGUUUGAAAUGGAACCCAUGGAUAUGGCAUUUGAGGAGUCCUCUUUUAGCCGGUAUGGAAUUACACUUGUUAAAAAGUCUAAUUCACAUGUAAAGAACAGUAAAGGAUGUGUGGUCUGUGCAUUUCAUCAGAGACAAUGAUGAUAAUAUUGAUAACAGUAGUUGUAUUGAAGAUAUUGUAGUAAUCAUCGGAGAAAUUACAAAUAUUUGUAACACUGUUUAUCUCCUCUUUUCUAGGAAUUCUCCAAUUCUCAUUUCCUAAGUGAAAUCAAGUCAGUGUUGAGGAUUACUUUUCUUGGUUAUUAAAGAGAGGGAGGGAAAGGUGUUAAUUAUUAUUAUAAUUAUUAUAGCUAACCAUCAUGAUACAAUCUUAAAUGUUUCUUGCAAAGACCAUAUGUACAUAUGAAUGAAUACUGCCCACUUAUUUUACCAUCAUACACUUGUAAUAUAACCAUGGUUCUUUAUCAUACUCACAUUUUGUACAGAAACAUUAGUAGUUUUUUUUAACAAGUUUAUUUUAAUUGUAAGAUUCAUACAUGUAUUUGUUCACUCUUUGGACUAGGGGGUAAUAACAGAUUUAAUGGAGGGGAAGUUUUUAGAAAUAUAAAAAAAAUGUGUGUGCGCAUCUGAUGUUCUGUGCCUGAGUGUAUGACAUGCAUCUGCUAGUUAACAUAUAUAUGAGUGGUACUGUACAUGUAGUUAUUCUUAACUGUUGAUUCAGUAUUGCAUUCAUGCAUACGUUAUCAAUUUUGGGUUCAUGAAGUUGUUUUGGUGUUUCUAUCAUCUUUGGAUAUAAAAUAAGUGCUAUGGCAAAAGACUGAAGGUUGCUUUGUUGAAAGUAACAGUUUAUCUUCUAUUUAAUAAUUGAGUGGUUAUUAUUGUAUAUGAACUGUGUGAUUAUAUUUGUCUACCAGCAUCACAGUUAGUUUAUACAAGUGUCCUUCACUAUGUUCAGACUUUGAAUGUGUAGAGUUGCAAACAACCUCUUGGCCAAGAUGACUCUGAAUGGGUUAAUUGUUUGCUUACUGCCAGCUUCUUACAAACAGAACUCUAGAAAUCCAAGCGGCAUGAUCAGCAAUAUUUUGCUGUUGCAAAUAGUUUCUCUUAGAGGUGUUUUGUUCCACAGACCAACUGAAAAGCAAAAACCAAGGGUUUGAUAUUGCAGGCUAAGCUAGCUGGUUUGGAGGCACAUUAAUUCUGUUUAAUCUAAAGUAACUCGCAGAAGGUAAUAUUUAGGGCACAUAGGUGUUGAUGUGUAAAUGCUAGAUUUUGUCAGCAGAUAAGUGCACUUUGAGCAGAUAGUAUGUUACUGGUAACCUGUAGUUGUUCCAUUCAACUACAGAUCGCCUUAUUUCUGACAACAAGGUCACUGUUCAAUCUUUGGUGUUUCCAUAUGUUUGCUUAAAUAAGUGUUGACAGUAAAAAUAUCACCAUCAACAAAUUGGCACUCCCAUGAGGGUUGAAAGAUUAACAAAAUGUCAUUCUUGUGAAGCACAUUGUGUUGCUUAGCAAGUUUAGGCAAUUUCCAUUCAUUAUAUCAGCAUGGAUAUUUAGGUGUGAAAGGCAUAUCGAAGAAGCAUAUGUGGUACGCUAUAACCAUUAGGCUGGUACUGUUCCAAGGUUACUCUAGGUCAGUGCAGAAAUGCUUUACCUUAAAAGGUGCUAAUUAUGUAAAUUAGUAUACUUAGAUCUGUUUGCAAAUGUUGUGAAUUUUAUUGUGUUGUUGGUGAUUGUUGAGAAAAUUAUGCUGGUGUCUCAAAACUUUACUCCCAAUACCAAGCAUCAAAUAUCAAUUCUCUGCACUGUCUGUCAUACAUUUUGUAUGAGUUUAGCCAUGAUAAUUUUUUGUGAUAUCAAACAAUAUUCCCCGGUCUUUCUCAUCACUUCUUAGUUUAAAACUGAACUUAUAUUGGAAAAAUUGCUUAUUGGUCACAGACUGUCUGCUGGAGUGAAUGAGUUAUUUUGGGUUUGUAGAAAAUGUUCUCAUGGAACAUAUCAUUUUCUGCAAACUGUAAGAUGGACUUAAGUAACAUGCAUAGCAGGUUUUAUUUGUUUUAGUAAGAACCCUGUCAGCGUUCUUACCAUUGUAUUUAAGAAAAUUUAGUCCAUAAGGUAAAUAUUCCCUUUUUGCUUCGCUUUUAGUUUUUAACAAUUUUACAUUUCAAUUUAAUUUUAUUACUUUCUCUAAGGUUGAAGUGUCAUUUACUUAACAGCCAACAGAAGGGUUAUUAAAAUUUCACCAUGUACAGUUAUGCACUUUGGUUGUAAGGUUGUAUUAAACAAACUGAACAUUGGAAUUUUA